AUGCCCAUGCUUGCACCGCAGCCAAACGGCCUCACAACAGAGUUCCCGCUGACCGCCAAUCUACUUGAUCCCCUCGUCUCGCCGCACUGCUCCCUCUCUCCUCCACCCCCGCUACUGCACCCAAUUGCAUCUCACACGUCACAUCUUUCCGCUGGCCACCCUUCAGCACCUCUUACUCCAACACAUCUCCCCGUGAGACCCUAAAGGAGCCAAGAAGUUCUUUCUUGAUUCCUUUCGAAUUGUUUUCGAACGGUUCGAAGGGUUUUCAAGAACGAGCGACCCGACUCCGACAAACUGGAUUUUGAAGCACGAGUUCCGAUCCCCUUCAGUGUCUUCCCGUCUGCGUAUCGGAACGCGGAAGUUAAGGAAUCUACCAGUGUCAAGGUAGAAGGCGAAGCAAAGGUCUCGCAACAGGCAGUACACGGAGGGGAAGGUCACGAAGAGACACACGAAUCCUUCACAGCCACCGUCCGCCAACCUCAACCUCAACCUCACCCUCACCCUCAACCUCACCCACACCCCCAAGAACCUGCCCACCGCGACACUUACGUCAAGGAGGAGAUCCACAUCACUGAGCAAGAGCGUCUUCGCCGUCCUCAGCCGCCCCAGCACCACGAGGAAGUUCAUAUCCACGAACAGACUCGCUACAGGCAGCCCGAGCAACCUCAGCAGGUUCAGCCACCCCAGCACCAGCAGCAGCAUCGCCACGAGCACCGUCAGGAGCACGUAGAAUUCCAGUCCGCGCGCGACCGGUACAAUACGCC